GGGGAGGCUCCUAGACGCAGAGACCGGCAUCAGAUCAGCUCAACCUGCACAGAAACGAUGGACGCAGCUUACAAGAGCGUAAACGGAAACUACAGCCCGGAGGGCGAGACGGGAGAGCCGGGCACAGGGAAGAGAAGGAACUCAUAUCUGGAGGAGGACACCAGCAGGAAGUCGGAGGUGAUCUCCUGCAUGUUCUCCCUGAAGGAGGAAGUUGGAGCUUUGGCCAAGGCCCUGCGGCUCUUUGAGGAUAAGGGCAUCAACCUGACACACAUCGAGUCCCGUCCUUCGCGGAUGAACAAAGAUGAUUACGAGUUCUUCAUCAGUGUGGAGCCCAGCUGCUCUCAGGCCCUGGACGAGGUCAUCGACGGCCUACGCACACAGAUCAGCGGCCACGUGCACGAGCUGUCACGCAACAAGCAGAAGGACACAGUGCCAUGGUUCCCAAGGGACAUCCAGGACCUGGACCGCUUUGCCAACCAGAUUCUCAGCUAUGGUUCGGAGCUGGAUGCUGAUCACCCCGGCUUCAAAGAUCCGGUGUAUCGAGCCCGCAGGAAGGAGUUUGCCGACAUCGCCUACAACUACAGACAUGGCCAGGUCAUCCCCAGGGUGGAGUACACAGCGGAAGAAAAGGCAACAUGGGGAAUAGUCUUCAAGGAGCUCAAGGCUUUGUACCCGACCCAUGCCUGCCGUGAACACAACCGGGUCUUCCCUCUGCUGGAAGAAUACUGUGGCUACAGGCCGGACAACAUCCCACAGCUGGAGGACGUCUCCCGGUUCCUGCAGUCAUGCACAGGUUUUCGGCUUCGCCCGGUAGCCGGUCUGCUUUCAUCCCGGGACUUCCUGGCUGGACUUGCCUUCCGUGUUUUCCAUUCCACGCAGUACAUUCGUCACGGCUCCGAGCCCACAUACACACCUGAGCCGGAUGUCUGCCAUGAACUUCUGGGACACGUUCCUCUGUUUGCUGACCCUCGUUUUGCCCAGUUUUCUCAGGAAAUUGGGCUUGCUUCUCUUGGUGCCCCUGAUGAAUACAUUGAGAAACUUGCUACUGUGUACUGGUUCACCAUCGAGUUUGGCCUCUGUAAGCAAGGUUCUGACAUCAAAGUUUACGGAGCCGGUCUGCUGUCAUCGUUCGGCGAGCUGAAGUACUGCCUAACGGACAAGCCCCAACUGAAACCCUUCGACCCGGAGAAGACCAGCCAGCAGAAGUACCCCAUCACAGAGUACCAGCCCGUUUACUUUGUUGCUGAGAGCUUUGAGGAUGCCAAAGAGAAAGUGAGGAAGUUUGCAAGCACCAUCCCCAGGCCUUUUUCAGUCCGCUACAACCCCUACACUCAAAGCAUCGAGGUCCUGAACAACACCCAGCAGCUGACCAACCUGGCAGACUGCGUCCACAGUGAGCUGGCGAAGCUGUGUGAAGCCCUCCGGAAACUGGAGUAACUGCUAAGCCAGUCAGACCUGACUGCUUGUCUCCUUCGUAUAAAUAAUUGUUCAGUUACUGAGCUUCUUAUGUUUCUUCUCGGCUUGCUUGGAAAUUAGCUACACAACGACAAUAGGCUAGAAAAUAUCUGAAAUAAACUGUAGCAUGUAACAGGAAGCUGUUAGGAAUAUGUCCACUGAGUGGUUGUAUUCCUGUCAGUGUUAUAGAUGCAUGAAUGUUAGUGAAUUUAUUUUUCAAAAUAAAUGUAUUUGUCAGUGAGUUGA